AUGCUUUAUUUUUUUCUGUCUUUAAUUGUUUUAAUUGUGCUUUCUCUUUCUUUGUAUAAGGAACAGAAAAACCUUGAGGGAUAUGUGGGUUUUGCUAAUCUUCCAAAUCAAGUAUACAGAAAGUCUGUGAAAAGGGGAUUUGAGUUCACACUGAUGGUAGUUGGUGAAUCUGGGCUUGGAAAGUCAACAUUGAUCAACUCCUUGUUUCUGACGGACUUGUACUCACCAGAAUAUCCUGGUCCUUCACACAGAAUAAAAAAGACUGUACAGGUGGAACAGUCCAAAGUUUUCAUAAAAGAAGGCGGGGUCCAGUUACUACUUACAAUAGUAGAUACACCUGGAUUUGGAGAUGCUGUGGACAACAGUAACUGCUGGCAGCCUGUCAUCGAUCACAUUGAUAGUAAGUUUGAGGAUUACCUGAAUGCGGAGUCUCGUGUUAACAGACGUCAGAUGCCAGAUAACAGAGUGCAUUGCUGUUUAUACUUCAUUGCACCUUCAGGUCAUGGGCUAAAACCCUUGGAUAUUGAAUUCAUGAAACGGUUACAUGAAAAAGUUAAUAUUAUCCCACUCAUUGCCAAAGCUGAUACACUCACACCAGAAGAAUGCCAACAGUUUAAAAAGCAGAUAAUGAAAGAGAUCCAGGAACAUAAAAUCAAAAUGUAUGAGUUUCCAGAGAUGGAUGAUGAAGAGGAAAACAAGUUAGUUAAAAAGAUCACGGAUCGUUUACCGCUGGCAGUAGUGGGCAGCAAUACUGUCAUAGAAGUCGCUGGUAAACGAGUCAGAGGAAGACAGUACCCCUGGGGAGUUGCAGAAGUUGAAAACAGUGAGCACUGUGACUUCACAAUCCUACGAAACAUGCUGAUCAGAACCCACAUGCAGGAUCUAAAAGACGUUACCAACAACGUUCACUAUGAGAACUACAGGAGCAGGAAGCUAGCAGCUGUCACAUACAAUGGUGUGGAUAACAACAGAAACAAAGGACAGCUCACUAAAUAUGACACAGUUGAAGGCAUAAGCCCUCUGGCCCAGAUGGAGGAGGAGAGGCAAGAACACGUGGCUAAGAUGAAUAAGAUGGAGAUGGAAAUGGAGCAGGUCUUCGAUAUGAAAGUCAAGGAGAAGAUUCAGAAACUGAAAGACUCUGAGGCAGAGCUUCAGCGACGCCAUGAGCAAAUGAAGAAGAACUUGGAAGCCCAGCACAAAGAAUUGGAGGAGAAGCGCCGCCAGUACGAGGACGAGAAAAUGAACUGGGAGGCACAGCAGCGCAUAUUGGAGCAGCAGAAGCUAGAUUCUUCCAGGACCUUGGAAAAGAACAAAAAGAAGGGGAAGAUCUUCUAAAGCAUUUAAGGACCACCAAUCUACGAUGUACAAGUUGCCAAUUUGCCAGCCUGGACAUCAGUGUUUAUUUUGGUUUCUUUAGCCAACCAAUGUAACCAUUUUUUCCAGAAUGUUGGAUGCAUCAGCAUGCCAAACAGCCAGUCCAGUACUGUCUAAUAUGAACAGUAUUUUAUUUUGAUAGUAUAUUGAUAAAAUGUAUCGUCUUUUGGAUGAAGUGCUGAAUUCUAAUUUUGUUUUUUUUUUUAAACUGAUGCCUACCCUUUUUAUGCAGAUGAGAUGUUUUACUGUUGUACAAUCUUCUUCUGGUGGUUGAUUGUUUACAGAAAAAAAUACUUGUUAUUCCAUUAUGUCAAAAACUUCAGGUGUUUUUGGAAAAAAUGCCAUAAUGUUUUCUUGUAUCUUUGCUUUGAUAAAUAUAACAUGUAAACCUCAGCAUAGCAUAGAAUACAAAUAGCCUCAUCCAACAAGACCUAUAAAGAUCUAUUUCACUUACCUUGAAGAUAGAUAUACAUAAGUUAAAGGCUAAGAGGAACCUCUGACUUGUUUGUGUUCGUAUAACAUAUUUCUUUUUUUUUUCUAAUUGUGUAUUCCUUUUCCAUCUAGUAAUUAAACUAAUCUAGCCAAGAUGCAAUGUAUUACUACUGCCCUCCAUAUAUUGGCCCUGCUAAAAUAUAUUGUUUUGUAUGUUAAGAAAUUAUGGGAAUUCUACUUUUUUGCAUUUUUUUUUACCUGUAGAAAUCACUGCUUUAUGCAGUAAUAAGGUUAGUAAUUAACAUCUGCACAUUUGUGUGCAUCUCAUUACAUGCAUUGGGUACCCCGGCUUCUAAAAGUAUGACAUUUUCACAUUUAACUAUAUUCACAUAAUGCUUCUCUGUAUUUUUUGUUUGUAUUGUACAAAGUCACAUAAUAAACUAAGUUGUGAUGAUGUAAA